GACUAAUCUGGCGGCCGGAAGCUGCCUGGGUCUGCAGAGACUAGGGCAAAGCCUUGACUUCCGGCGGCCUUUUGAGGUGAUUCUCCCAGCGGCCUAGUGGUAUUUUUGUUGCCUUUUCGUACUGUCCAGACUCUCUUCGUGUUUUUCUUUCUACGUCUCGCUUGAUCCUAGCGAAGCGGCUGGCGGGUUCCGCUUCUCAGCCGUCUCGGGGGCCCCCCGCUAGCCGAGGGCCGGUUCCUGGGAGCCGCGCGCGCACCUUCUUCUCCUCGUCGUCUUCCCGGGGCCAGGCGCGGGGACUGAGAGUCGCCUCCCCCGCUCCUCGGAGCGGUGGCGACGGUGACGCCUCCGGACUGUGCUUGCCAAGGGAGCUCAGGGAGGAGUAGUACAAAAUGUCAAAAAUUAGAAGGAAGGUCACAGUGGAAAAUACCAAGACCAUAUCUGAUAGCACAUCCCGAAGACCCAGUGUAUUUGAGAGGCUCGGACCCAGCACUGGCAGUACAGCAGAGACACAGUGCCGUAACUGGCUGAAGACUGGCAACUGCCUCUAUGGAAACUCAUGUAGAUUCGUACAUGGCCCUUCACCCCGUGGUAAAGGUUAUAGCAGCAAUUACAGAAGGUCACCAGAAAGACCUACAGGGGAUCUUAGAGAAAGAAUGAAGAACAAGCGCCAAGAUGUGGACACUGAGUCCCAGAAACGAAAUACAGAGGAGUCAUCCUCACCUGUUAGGAAAGAAUCUUCAAGAGGGAGACAUAGGGAAAAGGAAGACAUAAAAAUCACUAAGGAGAGAACUCCAGAGAGUGAAGAAGAAAAUGUAGAAUGGGAAACUAAUAGAGAUGAUUCUGACAAUGGAGAUAUUAAUUAUGAUUAUGUUCAUGAGUUGUCAUUGGAAAUGAAGCGUCAGAAGAUACAGAGGGAAUUACUGAAGCUGGAACAAGAAAACAUGGAGAAGAGAGAAGAAAUUAUUAUUAAAAAGGAGGUUUCACCAGAAGUUAUUAGAUCAAAAUUGUCUCCAUCACCUUCUCUGAGAAAGUCUAGCAAAUCUCCAAAGCGAAAAUCAAGCCCUAAAUUGUCAUCUUCAACUAGCAAGAAGGACCGGAAGACAACUGUGGUAUCCUCUCCCUUGUUGGACCAGCAGAGGAAUUCAAAAAGCAACCAAAGUAAAAAGAAAGGACCUCGCACUCCUAGUCCACCCCCUCCUAUACAGGAAGAUAUUGCUCUGGGGAAAAAAUACAAAGAAAAGUAUAAAGUAAAAGACAGGAUAGAAGAAAAACCAAGAGAUGGAAAGGACAGAGGACGAGAUUUUGAAAGACAAAGAGAAAAAAGAGACAAGCCCAGGUCUACUUCCCCAGCAGGACAGCAUCAUUCUCCUAUAUCUUCUAGACAUCACUCAUCUUCCUCACAAUCAGGAUCAUCUAUUCAAAGGCAUUCUCUUUCUCCUCGUCGAAAAAGAACUCCUUCACCAUCUUAUCAGAGGACAAUAACUCCACCUUUAAGACGUUCUGCGUCUCCUUAUCCUUCACAUUCUCUGUCUUCUCCUCAGAGAAAGCAAAGUCCCCCGAGACAUCGCUCUCCUAUGCGAGAGAAAGGGAGGCAUGAUCAUGAACGGACUUCACAGUCUCAUGAUCGUCGUCAUGAAAGGAGGGAAGAGACUAGAGGCAAAAGGGAUAGAGAAAAGGACACACGAGAAGAACGAGAGUAUGAACAGGAUCAGAGCUCUUCUAGAGACCACAGAGAUGAUAGAGAACCUCGAGAUGGUCGGGAUCGGCGAGAUGCCAGAGAUGCUAGAGACCGGAGGGAACUAAGAGACUCCAGAGACAUUCGGGACUCUAGGGAGAUGAGAGAUUAUAGCAGAGAUGCCAAGGAGAGCCGUGACCCUAGAGAUUCUCGGUCUGCUCGUGAUGCCCAUGACUACAGGGAUCGGGAAAGUCGAGAUGCUCAUCGAAAGGAGGAUGCAUAUCAGGAAGAAUCCCGAAGUUAUGGCAGAAACCACUUGAGAGAAGAAAGUUCUCGUACUGAAAUAAGAAGUGAUUCCAGAAGUGAGUCUCGAAGUGAAAUUAGGAAUGACCGGAUCGGCAGAAGUAGGGGCAGAGGUCCAGAGUUACCUGAAAAGGGAAGUCGAGGCACAAGAAGUUCUCAAAUUGACAGUCACAGUAGUAGUAGCAACUAUCAUGACAGCUGGGAAACUCGAAGUAGCUACCCUGAAAGAGACAGAUAUCCUGAGAGAGACAGCAGAGACCAAACAAGGGAUUCUUCCUUUGAGAGACGACAUGGAGAGAGAGACCGUCGUGACAACAGAGAGAGAGAUCAAAGACCAAGCUCACCAAUUCGACAUCAGGGAAGGAGUGACGAGCUUGAGCGUGAUGAAAGAAGAGAGGAACGAAGAGUAGACAGAGUGGAUGAUAGAAGAGAUGAAAGGGCUAGAGAAAGAGAUCGGGAACGAGAACGUGACAGAGAGCGGGAAAGAGAGCGGGAACGUGAGCGGGAUCGGGAAAGAGAGAAGGAAGAGAACUAGAAAGAGAGCGUGCGAGGGACGAGAGAGGGAAAGAGAAAGAGAAAAGAGAGAGACCGUGAAAGAGAGAGAGAUCGUGACCAUGAUAGAGAGAGGGAAGAGAGAGGGAACGAGAUAGGGAAAAAAGAACGGGAACGGGAGAGAGAAGAGAGAGAGAGGGAGAGAGACCGAGAACGGGAUAGGGAGAGAGAGCGAGAGCGAGAACGAGAAAGAGCAAGAGAAAGGGAUAAAGAAAGAGAGCGUCAAAGGGAUUGGGAAGACAAAGACAAAGGACGAGAGGACCGCAGAGAAAAGCGAGAAGAUAUCCGAGAAGACAGAAAUCUAAGAGAUGGACACGAUGAGAGAAAAUCAAAGAAACGCUAUAGAAAUGAAGGAAGUCCUAGCCCUCGUCAGUCACCUAAGCGCCGACGAGAACAUUCUCCCGACAGUGACACCUACAACAGCGGAGAUGAUAAAAAUGAAAGACACAGACUCUUGAGCCAGGUUGUACGACCUCAAGAAUCUCAUUCUCUCAGUCCAUCACACCUUUCAGAAGACAGGCAGGCUAGAUGGAAAGAAGAAGAUCGAAUAGAAAGAAAAGAGAGUUCAAGGCGCUAUGAAGAGCUAGAGCUCAAAGAGAAAGUUUCUUCUGUAGAUAAGCAAAGAGAACAGAUGGAAAUCACAGAAAGCUCACGGACUCGGGCCCAAGACAUGAUAGGACACCAUCCGUCUGAAGACCGAGACACAUCUGAUGGAACUCAUGAUGAAAACAAGAAAAAAGCAAAAAUUCAAAAGAAACCUAUUAAGAAAAAGAAAGAGGAUGAUGUUGGAAUAGAGAGGGUAGCACAGAGACAGCAAUCUGAAGAUAGUCAAGUGUUUUCACCAAAAAAAGGACAGAAGAAGAAAAGUGUUGAAAAAAAACAUAAAAGAUCCAGAGGUGACUCUGAUAUUUCCGAUGAAGAAGCAGUCCAGCAGAGUAAGAAGAAGAGAGGCCCCAGGACUCCCCCUAUAACAACCAAAGAGGAAUUGGUCGAAAUUUCCAAUGAUAAGGAUGCGACUGUAGGAGAUCCUCAGAAAGAAGAUACAGCGUUCAGUGACUGGUCUGAUGAGGACGUGCCUGACCGUGCAGAGGUGACAGAGCAUGCUGCCGCAGCUGCUACUCCUGGAAGGACCCCUUCCCCGUCUUCCCUCCCUCCUCCUCCUCCUCCUCUGGCUACUGCCACUGCCCCUGGUACUCUUGCCGCUACUGCAGCUGCACGCACCUUUAGCACAUCUGCCACCUGCACCGGUACCACCAGUGCAGCUUUUACCGGUGAAGACUCACAUAGAAAAGGCCAUAAAGCACGAGCGGAAAAAGCAGAGGCACCUCAUGUAUCUAUAGAAGAGGCACCACAUCGCAAGCCAGUGGAUCAGAAGAGGAGCAGCAGCCUUGGGAGCAAUCGGAGUAAUCGCAGUUAUACAUCAGGGCGUCUGCGCUCCCCAUCCAAUGAUUCUGCCCAUCGAAGUGGAGAUGACCAAAGUAGUCGAAAGAGAGUACUACAUAGUGGCUCAAGAGACAGAGAAAAAACAAAAAGCCUGGAAAUCACAGGAGAGAGAAAAUCAAGGAUUGAUCAGUUAAAGCGUGGGGAACCCAGUCGAAGUACUUCUUCAGAUCGCCAGGAUUCAAGAAGCCAUAGUUCAAGAAGAAGUUCUCCUGAGUCAGAUCGACAGGUUCAUUCAAGGUCUGGGUCAUUUGAUAGCAGAGAUAGGCUUCAAGAACGAGAUCGAUAUGAGCACGAGAGAGAGCGGGAGAGAGAGAGGAGAGAUACAAGGCAGAGAGAAUGGGAUCGAGAUGCUGAUAAAGAUUGGUCCACGGAAACAGAGAACCGAGAUAGACUACGGGAACGAGAGAGAGAACGAGACAAAAGGAGACCUUUGGACAGGGAAAGAGAGCGACUGAUUUCUGAUUCCAUGGAAAGGGACAGAGACAGAGACAGAACUUUCGAGAGUUGUUCUCAAAUGGAGUCUAUAAAACGCAGUGAAGCAAAACUGGAGAGUGAACAUGAAAGAGACCUAGAAGGCACUUCCCGAGACUCUGUAACUUUGGAUAAAGAAAGAAUGGAUAAAGAUCUAGCAUCUGUACAGGGAUUUGAAGAUAUAAAUAAAGCUGAAAGAACUGAGAGUGUGGAAGCAGGAGAUGACGAAUCCAAGUUAGAUGAUACACAUUCAUUAGGAUCUGGUGCUGGAGAAGGAUACGAGCCCAUCAGUGAUGAUGAACUAGAUGAAAUUCUGGCAGGUGAUGCCGAAAAGAGAGAGGACCAACAGGAUGAGGAGAAGAUGCCAGAUCCAUUAGAUGUGAUAGAUGUAGAUUGGUCUGGUCUUAUGCCAAAGCAUCCAAAAGAACCACGAGAGCCUGGGGCUGCACUCCUAAAGUUCACACCUGGAGCUGUUAUGCUGAGAGUUGGGAUUUCUAAAAAGCUGGCAGGUUCUGAACUCUUUACCAAAGUCAAAGAAACAUGUCAGAGACUUUUAGAAAAACCCAAAGAUGCAGACAAUCUUUUUGAAAAUGAAUUGGGGGCUCUCAAUAUGGCUGCAUUACUGCGAAAGGAAGAAAGAGCAAGUCUUCUUAGUAAUCUUGGGCCAUGUUGUAAAGCAUUAUGCUUCAGACGGGAUUCUGCAAUCCGAAAGCAGCUUGUUAAAAAUGAAAAGGGCACAGUAAAACAAGCUUACACAAAUGCUCCAGUGGUAGACAAUGAACUAUUACGAUUGAGUCUGCGAUUAUUUAAGCGGAAGGCUACUUGCCACGUCCCAGGACAUGAAAAGACUGAAGAUAAUAAACUCUCACAAUCCAGUGUCCAACAGGAACUAUGUGUGUCUUAAGACCAAAGUUCAGUGACGUUUUUGGUACUAUGUUUCUUCAGCAGUGCAUAUUCUUUUUCGAAGUUCUUUGGUUUCACAGGCAUUAUUAGUGACAAUGGCAGAAAACAUUUAUCAGCCAUGCUAAAAGAAUGAAGAAGAACUUUGAUCUCAAGUGUAAAGACAGUUUGGCUAACUUAAGAUUUUACAUAAAUUUUUACACAGUACUUGAUACUCAUGCAAAAUAAUGUGAAAGCAUCUAGAUUUAGUAGUUUAUUUUGUACAUUUUGUUAAAACUCAAGUUUUGGAAAACGGUUGUCCUUGCUCUUCCAACCUACGAAGAUUUUUUAUGAAAUGGAGCUUCUGACACAUUCUGGAUCAUCCUUAAAGAAACUGCGAUUUUAUCCAGAAACCGCGUUCACAGAAUGAGUGCACCCUGCGUACCGUGCUGUGCAGAACACUGGAAAGGGGGCUGGGCCUGCGUGCUGUGUUUGCAGACGCAGCGGAGAGCCAAAUACUUUUUAUCUCUCUAAAGUUCUAAAAAACAUUACUUAAUGGGUCUUUGGUUUUUUAAAAUAUAUGUGCAUUGUUACAGUGUAUAUAGGAUGUACGAGUAUUUGGAAUCUGAAUGGCUCUGUUUGUUAUCAGAGACUGUCUACUAUUUUUAAUAAAUGUACCUUCCCUUUCUUUGUUCAAGAUUGACUUUGCUCUUCAUUAACCUUACUCCUAGUGUUCUGGAACAUUUGUCAUCAACAUUACAUGUUUCAUACUUCAGAUAUUUUACUGAUUAAGUCCUUAUCAUUGGACAGCUGUAAAUAACGGGGAGUUGAAGAUGUACUUCAACUAUAACUUGGUAAUCCUUGAAACAAACCAAGAGUUAACAAACCUGUGUAAUCUGACUUUGCAAUCCUACCAUCGAAUUUUUCAGAGCUAUAACCUUUGAUUACAUUAAACUGCCUCCAGCCUAUAAUACGCAAAAUAAUUUACUUUUUAAAAAUUACAAUAUAUCUGCUUUCUUAUGUAUGUACAUAUUUAACUCAUGAAGUAGACUCUUAGAAGGAUUUGAAAUAGAUUCCAAGAUACAGAAUUUGUGGAGAGACAGUAGUAAUAAUAAUAAUGGAAACCAGUCAAAAUUGUAAUUUGGUCAUUGCCUGUCACAGUUUUUUUGUUAAAACUGUUAAGUCUAUGAUACCUGUCUCAGUAGUUUUGUAUCCUCUUCUCUAACGGUAACGUAAUGUUACUGGUGUAAAGUUUCUGUUCAUUUCAAGAAGCAUUCAUUGCACACUUAAUUUGUACAAGAUAUGUCCCCAGCAAAAGAAAUGGUCUUAUUUUUAAAUGACUUUGAAAGCAUGUAUAAGAAAAAUUACAAACAAACGAAAAAUUGAUUUUCCUGGUAUUCCUUUUCCAUUUAGUAAAUGUUUUGAAUAAAUAAAAGGUAAAUUCUUUAAUAACCCUGGAAAAUGAAUACCCUUUGGGGAACUACUUCCUGAUUAUAGUGGAGAAUAUUGUUCUCUGUAGCAAGAAAGGGUGGUU